CUUGAACAAUUCAAUUUUCCCGCAUUACGGAUGAUAGAUGGGAGGUUUUUGCGUCAUUUUGUGUUUUUUACUUAUCCAUUCCCAACUUAUUGUUGUUAACGUGGCUCUUAAGAGUCGUAAUCAGCCAGAGGAUGAUGACAUAGCACGCAGUGUCCCGUCAAAGUCACAUCACGAAGUCAUUGUUAAUGGGUAGGUUUCUUGAUACUUAUCUUUAUGCUUACCUUUGCUUUCAGCUCCAUCGAAGAUGUACCCAGAUCUAGUGAGUCGGAAACACCUAAUGUUACACCGGAUAUUAAAGAGAUGCAUGUCAAUCAGCCAGUCAUUCCUGAGCCAUUGGUUUCUUUAGACAGUCAGAAGUCUACAGACAAGGUUACUUCAGACGGAUCCAAAUCUUCUACUAAUUUGCAAGAACCAGUCAAAUCUGUUCAUGAAGAUGUUAAAGGAUCAAUAUUGACGGAACUACCAUCAUUGGAUUCGGUAGCUGCAGAGAGCAUUAAUACCCAUGAAAUUCCAACUUUCAAUGAGUUUCAUGCUAUGGUUUCUGAAGGAGCUCAGCCUCGCAAAAGUCAAGAAGUUGGCGAAGACAGUGUGCCUAAAUCCGAAUAUGUUCUAGACGCCAAGGAGAGCAUCAAAAAUACAUUGGAUCCUCAAACAUCAGACAAAGCAUCGCAAGCACAUAUCGAUACUAAUCCUUCAGUCAAAACCUUAAAAGGUCAUGGCAUCAAAGAAGCACUAGAUGGCACAGUUGCAACAGACAGUAGCAAUAUACCUUCAAAUAGUGUAAAGACUGAUUCACACUUAGAACAACAAUAUCAAUCGUUGAAGGGAAGCUCAGAUUCAGUGCCUGACGAUGACAAAAAUUCAAAGGGGAAUUCUCCUGUUACUCCUGAACCGAUAGCCACCAGGACAACAGUUCACACACCGAACAAAGGUGAUGUAACCCUGAGAAGAAAUGUUGCUUCUAUAGCUUGUGGUGCAAAAAUGUUAGGUUCUAGUAAAGCUAUUAAAAAUUCAGAGGCUGUACUUAAUGAGAAUAAUGAUGAAUACAUGAAUGUGCCGUGUAGUGAAGAGAAGUGGUUAAUCUUAGAAGUUUGUCAGCCUGUUCAACUUAGAACAAUAGAAUUGGCAAAUUUUGAAUUGUUCUCAUCUCGAUUGAAGUCUUUCAGAGUUUCUGCUAGUGAUCGAUAUCCAGCAAAGUCAUGGGAGUUGAUUGGUACAUUCACUGCUCGAGAUGUUAAAGGUAUACAGUCUUUUAGUGUAACAAGUGGAAAAAUGAUCAAAUAUAUCAAGUUUGAAUUAACAGAACACUAUGGUUCAGAACAUUAUUGUCCAUUAACUAUGAUCAGAAUAUUCGGCUUAGGCUCUGAUGAUUUAGACGAUGAUGACGAUGAUGAUGAUAUUGUUGAUGUUGGUAUGGUGAAUAUCCAAGGCAUGCGUAAUAAUCACAAGUCUGUUGGUGCUGUUGGCGGUGAUAACAACAAUACAGCUGAAAGUGAAAAGGUUCAAGCGAACGAUGGAAAUAAUUCACCAGAAUCGAAUGUUCCCCCUCAUCAAUCCACUGAAGAUGAUCCUUCUGUCUCAUCGCCAUCGCCAUCAUCAUCAUCAUCACCAUCACAAUCCAAUAAUGAGGCGAAUACUAACUUACAACAGAAUCAUUCAAAAUCGAGUGAAUUAGAGCCUUCAAUGACGCCUUCGCCAUUUCCAACUACUGAAGACAGUGAAAAUCAUGAUAGUAUCAGUAAAUCAGAUGAAAAUAAUAAUAAUAAUGAUAAUAAUAAUAAGGUCAAUCCAAUGAUCGAUCAUUAUUCAGUGUUAUUCUCUAUUUCAAUGAAGCAUCAACAAGAUAAGAGGAGUAUGCAUGCAACAAAAGAUGAUGGAUAUUUGAGUUAUUCUAAAAAUAACGGCGGAGUCUGUAUGAAUAAUCGGCUGGUACAAUCAUUAAUACAUAAACCGUAUUGUUCAGCUUUAUCUUAUCGUCAACACCAUAGUGGUGAUACUGAGAGAUCUUCUCCGCCUACAUGUCAUACUACAAAGCUGUUGAAUACUGUCAAUCCACCAACUCGAAAAUCUCACCUCCCUAUAACAACAACAACUAGACCUACAACUACAAGUACAAAACCUACAACAGAGAAAAAAGGCUCAAUUCUAGUCCCUAAUGAUGAGAUUAAGAAUACUCUGCUAAACAAUAAUUUAACACUACAAUUACGUAAUAAAACAUUCAGUCAAGUGGUUGAUGAAAUCAGUAUAGUCUCUCGGUUGACAAAUGCUGUAAAACGUGCAGUGUUUGGAACAUUUUCACAGUUUUUCACAUCUGUGCAACAAGACUCUACUACAAAUUAUUACAGUCCACUUGAAAUUGUGCCAACAUCAGAGCAUUAUACAAUUAUCAGUUAUCUGUUCAGUCAACAAGGUUUUACAAAUCGUCUAUGUAAAGAUUCCCUGGCCUAUUUAACAGUUAAUCAAAUUGAAGGUUUAUGGCAAUUGAAAUCCUGCCUAAUAUCAUUGAAUGAAAUUUACUCCCUAUACUAUAAUAAUCAUAAUAAUAAUAAUAUUCAAACAUCAUCGAAUGAUAAUAUUGGCGGUUUUCUCCUCUGGUUACAGACAAUUCAUAUCUCCAAGUUGGAUAAAUGUCAACAAGCUGUGAAACAAUUGAAUUUAACACUUUUCUUCAAUUAUCAACCAUCAGAUUAUGAUUAUUAUUAUUAUUAUGAUAUAGACAAGAGUAUUCUACACAUGUGUAUGGCUUAUCAGCAUAUACAAAGAAAUAGAACUAGGCAACAGGUGAAUUUCAUUGGUUCACAAGACUUCGCAUUUAAUGAUUUUAAUAAUAUUAAUGGUGAUGUUGAUGAGGAGGAGAGUUGUGGUGUUUGUUAUUCUGUUAAUUGGCAGUGGGCACAGUUGAAUAAAAUUUUGUGGAAUAGACCUACGACAAACAAGUGUUCCAAAUUACCGUCUUUUCUGUUUUCAAGUGAACACACUGAUUUGUCAUCAUCUAUGCCGGAUUCAGUUUAUUCAGAUACUACUGAGGAGAAUGAUGAAAAGAUACUAGUUGAUGAUUUUCAAUCUACUGAUAAUUUUAUUAUCGGUAGAAAUAUGAAGUCAUCGGAUCAUCGAUUACCGACGCGUAAAAUUGAUCGUCAACAUCCUAAUUUAGCAGUAGUUGUACCAGCUGAUUUAGGCGGUUCACGAAGAUCUACGGCUUACAUGCGUCUAAAUAAUCGUGUUCGUAUUAUUGAGCGUAAUGUUUCUGUGAGUAUGAGGUAUUUAGAAGAAUUGAGUCAAAGUUAUCGUCGUCAAAUGGAACGUUUAUCGCGGUCAUUCAAUCUUACUUAUGCUUGGUUAAAGGUUACGGCUCAUGGUGCUGAAGAACGUGAUCGUCAACAACAGAUACGUAUUGCACAACUAGAAGCCCAGUUAAAUGAUAUUACAGCACGUUUGACAGCCAGAACAUUGAAUCCUAUUGCAUCAUCAUCUUCAGCUAUUAAUCAACCGGAUUCAUCAUCAUCGUCAUCUUGCACUCCCGCACCCACUACUGCUACUUCACCUGCUAUCGAUAUCAACUCUCCGUCUCCUUCGUCUACAUCAGCAUCAUCUGAAUCCUGUAAUUCAGCAUCAACUGGAUCGAAAUCAACACAUUUAGUUAGUAGUAGUAGUAGUAGUAGUCCAUCUGUACCACCACCACUUCCUGAUUUUGAAAGUUCACCUGAAUGGCAUCGAUGGUUCAAUCAUCAAAAGGAUUUUUGGGAUGGUCCUGGUGGUGUUGGUGGUGGUGAUGACAUCGUUAACAAUGAAGAUGAUGGUGAAUUUGAAUCAGAUGAUGGUGGUGGUGGUGAUACAACACACGAACACGAAGAUAUUUAUUCAUCAAGAUUUAAUGGUAUUACAUCAUUGUCGAAUAGUGAAAAAGAAAAGUCAAAACAAACAAUGUCGACAGCUGAAUCAUCGAGUACUAGUAGUAGCAGUAGUAGUAGUACUAGAAGUCGUAGCACCAUCAGCGGCGGCCGCGGCAGCAUCAGCAGUGGCAAUAGUCCUAAUGUAUACAAUUCGAAAUCUUUAUUCUAUCCAUAUGUAUCAGCUCAUCAUCAUUAUCCUUCUCAUCAUCAUCAUAAGCAUAAGGAUCUACCAUCCAAUUGGAAACAGCUGAUUUACAAUUGGCUAUGGAUACAAUUCACUUGGCCUAUAAGUUUAUAUGAUUUAGGCGUGUAUAUUCAUAAAACAUGUCAAGCGAAUUCUGUGACUUGCAGUGCUUUCAGUUUAAUGUUUCUACAUUUACUACUAGCAGCUAUAUCACACUUAUUCAUCUAUUGGACAUGGCUUCGACCGUAUAAUAAUAAUAGUAAAAAUAAAAAUCGUAAAAAUAAAUUCGGCACAGAAGUCUUAUUAUUAUCAUCAUCAUCAUCCUCUCCAUUAUAUCGAACAUUAUGCUCACAUAGAAAUAAUCCUAAUGCAAAUAAUUUAAUUCUAUGCUAUUCACCGAAUCAUUUAUCAGAGAAUCAUAGUGAUAACAAUCAGUGUGUUGUUAAUGUUUCAUUGCUUCCUCCAUCGUCUACUAAUUAUUCUACUGCUAAAAUUGAAUUUCAUGAAGAUGAUUUAUUAUUAUUGCAGGAAGAGAAAUCUCUUCAAAAUUUAACAUCAAAUGUGUCAACAUGUUGUUAUUGUUGUUGUAGCUGUUAUAAAUCAUCACUGGCUUCUUCAUCUUGUAUCGUGUCCUCCGCCUCCGCUUCCUCUUCAUCUUCGUCAUCAGCUGUAGCUGAGGCAGUGAAGAAAUCGGCAGCAUCAACUGCUUCAUCAAUGAAUCACGCCUAUCAUCGUAAUCAUUUGAUUCAAAGUAAUACUAUCGUCAAUAAUCCUGUAUUAAAACAAAAUGGAAUUUACAAGGAUAAUGAUAAAAAUGUGAUUAUAAAUAAAAUAAAUGAUAAAAAUAUGCAUACAGCAUGUUGUAUGCGUAAUAAUCAAACUGAUCGCUUUAUGUGUGAUGAUGCUAAUGAUAAGGAUGUGUAUUCUGCUGAGAUUAAAAAGGAAAUGAAUAUGCCUUCAAAUGUGAGUAUUGUAAAUGGCAGGUGUAAACCGUUAUCCAUCGAUCGAGGUGGUAUUUCACAAUCAUAUCAAUCGAUAAUUGUAUCGAAUAGGUGUUAUGAACAACAACAACAGCAGCAGCACCACCAACAACAACAACAGUUUUCAUCAUUACCUGAACUGUCGACAUCAUCGAUACAGUUAAACAAUGAAAUUCGAAAUUGUAAGAGAAGUUGUGAUGUACAGACCAUUUCUCAAUCAAAAAGUCAUGAAUAUAUGAAAUGCACAAAUUCUCAUCUAUCCAUGCGGGUGAAUCCAUCAUCUACGUCGUCAUCAGCACCAGCGUCGAUUUCACCGUUACCUUUACAUGACAACAUGUUCAGUAACAAAAAUAUUGUGGAUGCUAAAGAUUCGAAACAUAACACAAACGAAUUGAAGUCGAUUCAUCAAUUAUCAGCUAAUUUCAAUUCAGUAUCAUCGUCAGCAUCAGUAUCAUCAUCAUCGACGCUACAGAGAAAACAUUCACGACCGAAUAAAAAACGUAGGAGACGAAAAUUAGAAAAUAAUAAGCAAGAUGUCACUUCCUUAAUGUAA